AAAAGCAGAAGGAAGAAGAGGUUCGUGUCCAGCCCCCGCUACGUGGAGACCAUGCUGGUAGCCGACCAGUCCAUGGCCGAGUUCCACGGCAGCGGGCUGAAGCACUACCUCCUGACGCUGCUCUCCGUGGCGGCCAAGCUGUACAAGCACCCCAGCAUCCGCAACUCCAUCAGCCUCGUGGUGGUGAAAAUCAUGGUCAUUUACGAGGAGCGGAAGGGACCCGAUAUCUCCUCCAACGCGGCCCUGACUUUAAGAAACUUCUGCAGCUGGCAGAAGCAGCACAACCCGCCCAGUGACCGGCACGCGGAGCACUAUGACACGGCGAUCCUCUUCACCAGGCAGGACCUCUGCGGUGCCAAGACAUGUGAUACUCUUGGGAUGGCCGAUGUGGGAACAGUUUGUGAUCUAAACCGCAGUUGCUCUAUCAUAGAAGACGAUGGUUUGCAGGCUGCCUUCACAACAGCCCACGAACUAGGCCACGUGUUUAACAUGCCUCAUGACGAUGCAAAGCAGUGUGCUGGUAUUAAUGGAAUAAGCCGGGAUUUCCACAUGAUGGCAUCUAUGCUUUCCAACCUGGAUCGCAGCCAGCCUUGGUCUCCCUGCAGUGCCUACAUGAUUACAACAUUUUUGGAUAAUGGUCAUGGUGAGUGUUUGUUGGACAAGCCCCACAAACCAAUCCAGCUUCCUUCUGACUUGCCUGGCACCUUGUACGAUGCCAACAGACAGUGCCAGUUUACGUUUGGAGAUGAGUCCAAGCACUGCCCCGAUGCAGCCAGUACAUGUACAACGCUGUGGUGUACUGGCACUUCGGGAGGACUGCUCGUCUGCCAAACCAAACACUUCCCUUGGGCAGAUGGCACCAGUUGUGGGGAAGGGAAGUGGUGCAUGAAUGGCAAGUGUGUGAAUAAAACCGAGAAGAAGCAUUAUGAUACGCCAGUGCAUGGGAGCUGGGGGUCCUGGGGGGCGUGGGGAGAGUGCUCCCGGACCUGCGGCGGCGGAGUGCAGUACUCCUUCAGGGAGUGCGACAACCCUGUCCCGAGGAACGGGGGGAAGUACUGUGAAGGGAAGCGGGUGCAGUACAGAUCGUGUAACAUCGAGGACUGUCCGGACAAUGAUGGCAAAACCUUUAGGGAGGAACAAUGCGAAAAGCACAACGAGUUUUCCAAGUCUCCUUUUGGAAGCGGACCUGCAGUGGAGUGGACGCCCAAGUUUGCCGGCGUCUCUCCAAAAGAUAGGUGCAAGCUGGUCUGCCGAGCAAAAGGAACAGGAUACUUCUUUGUUUUACAGCCAAAGGUUGUGGAUGGUACCCCGUGUAGCCCCGAUUCCACCUCUGUCUGCGUCCAGGGACAGUGCGUGAAGGCCGGCUGCGACCGUAUGAUAGGAUCCAAUAAGAAGUUUGACAAAUGCGGUAUCUGUGGUGGCAAUGGAUCCACUUGCAAGAAAGUGUCUGGCACACUUGUUAGAGCAAAACCCGGCUACCACGACGUCGUCACCAUUCCAGCCGGGGCGACGAACAUCGAGGUGAAACAGCGAAACCACCGGGGCGCAAGACAUGACGGCAGCUUCCUCGCCAUCAAAGCCGCAGAUGGCACCUACGUCCUCAACGGCGAUUACACCCUGUCGACGCUGGAGCAGGACAUCACCUACAAGGGCAGCGUGCUGAGGUACAGCGGCUCCUCCGCUGCCCUGGAGAGGAUCCGCAGUUUCAGCCCUCUGAAGGAGCCUCUGACCAUCCAGGUCCUCACGGUGGGGGCCCUGCCGCAGCCCAAGAUCAAGUUCACCUAUUUUGUGAAGAAGACCGCGCAGCCUGGGUCAGAGAAGGCGCCCAGUAGAAAGAAGGAGUCCUUCAAUGCCAUCAGGGAGAUCAUCUCCUCUGAGUGGGUCAUCGAGGAGUGGGGCGAGUGCUCCAAGUCAUGCGGCUCGGGCUGGCAGAGGCGGGCGGUGGAGUGCCGGGACCCCCGGGGGCGGCCGGCCACCGACUGCGCACGGGAGCUGAAGCCCAGUGACGUCCGUCCCUGCGCCGACGUGCCCUGCCCGCAGUGGCAGCUGGGGGGCUGGUCGCCCUGCUCUAAGACGUGUGGGAAAGGUUUCAAGAAGAGAUUGUUGAAAUGUAUUUCUUACGACGGCAGCGUUCUGCCGCAAGAAAGCUGUGAGCCUUCCAAGAAACCGAAACACCUAAUAGACUUCUGCAACGUUACAGACUGCAGUUAA